GUAUACCUGAUGCAACUAUUGGUGUAUAUAUACAACAGCUGUGCGUGAUCGUGUUCCAUUAUCACGGCGUCACACUCGAUAUGCACCGGGGACCGGUUAUUUGGCUGUUUUUCACGAAAAACACACACAGUAGUCUGCCGUCAGUCGUGCUCCCUCUACGUCGUCUGCAAAUGCUCCCGUCAUCACAUUCCUCUGACGGCCGAGUCUAAUUCAAUCAGUGUGUUAAUAAUCUGGCUUCCGUCACUGCCCCUCUUGUUCUUGAAAAAUAAUUAUAACUGAAGGGAACUCUACUAGCCAACAGUGAUGCAUAGCUUCGGAGCAUUGUGAUUCAAAUUUUUUCAUCUUAGAUUUUGGGCCACCUCUUACAUAUACUCACUGAGAUUUCUGCCUAUACUCCCCACACUGCACAUGUUUCAAGUGCACUGUUAUCUUGUGUCGGUUUUGGCUUUGUCCGCGUCCACUGCCGUAAUAUUACGAGCUUUUACUUUUUAAGUGAGACUUGCUAGGCUGCAUCUGGUAGGAUGAGUAUGUCAGUGAGAAAUCGUAACAAGUUCACUCCAGAGAAGAACACUACCAUGUUGAUUAAAGAGAAGACAACUAGUAUUUCAAGAGCAUUCCUUGUCAUUAGGAUGCUCUUCUUCACCACCGUGAUUGCCCUGAGUGUGUUGAUUGCAACAGUUAUGGUCAACAAUAGUACAGGCUGGAUUUCUCCCCAUCACAGCACCAACUUUUUGGACAAACUUUCACUUAGUCUCGGUCUUCAGGAACAUGUAUAUACGGUCGUGAUUGACGCCGGAAGCACAGGCUCAAGAGUGUUGGCAUUUACGUUCCAUCGAUCGUUAUCAGAUCGAAGCGUAAAGCUUGACCAAGAAUUCUAUUCACAUAUCAAACCUGGAUUGUCUGCUUUCGCUGACGACCCCAAGAAAGGGGCCGACUCGAUCAAGCAACUUCUAGACAAAGCCAAACAAGUUGUCCCUUCACACCUUUGGCACCAAACUCCCCUAGUACUUAAAGCAACGGCUGGAUUGCGACUCUUGCCCACUGAAAAAGCCAACCUGAUUCUAGAAGAGGUUCGACUAGUGUUUGAAGAAUCUGGAUUCAUGGUGACGCCUCGUUCGGUGAGCAUCAUGGAUGGAAUCGACGAAGGAUUGUUUUCUUGGUUUACCAUCAACUUUCUUCUCGAUCGGCUGCAUCAUCCUGAACAAACGGUUGCAGCUUUGGACUUGGGUGGAGGCUCGACUCAAAUUACAUUCGUCCCAAAACAGAAAAGUACAAUGGAAGCAGCUCCUCAGGGAUUUAUCCAUCAAGUAGCCACCCUCCAUCAGAAGAUUGACGUCUAUUCAUUUAGUUACCUUGGACUGGGCUUGAUGGCGGCCCGGAAGCAGAUCCUGUCUGCUGGCCAAGACGAAUCAGAAGUGGAACUGCGUUCUCCUUGCAUUAAUCCCAUGGUCAAGAAAGGCUGGACUUACAGUGGCGUCAAUUACGUCGUCAAGGGGACUCACGAUGUCGACGUCGAGAAAAUCCCCAUGUCCGAGUGGCAAAAGAAGGGUGGCAUGCCCAAAGCUGAUUUUAACGAGUGCCUCAAGCUCAGUCGAAGUCUACUAGACACUUCCGUUCACAAACCUGCCGAGCUCAACGAACGUGAAGUGUUGGCCAUUUCUUACUAUUACGACAGAGCCAGUGAUCAUGGAAUGAUUGACUCUGCAGACGGAGGAACUCUGACCAUCAAAGAAUUAUUCAAAAUGGCAGAGCAAAUCUGUGGCGUCCCGAACCCUGACCAAGCCUUUGCUUGUUUGGACAUGACUUACAUUUCUGCUUUGCUCCAUCACGGUUUUGGACUGUCCACCGACACCAAACUGCAGCUGAGGAAGAAGAUUGACGGCUACGAGACCAGUUGGGCUCUGGGUGCAGCUUUCCACGUUCUCCAUAACGGAAUUUAAAAAGUGCCAGUGAGACAUAUCACUUUUCUUUUUUUUUGGAAAACAAAAACUUAAAAAAGUAAUAAUUUUAUGAAACCAAGAUUAUCUUUACUCUCGGUUGUUUCUUAUGGUGUUAAUUGAAUUUUCCUGUGCCUUCCUAUCUCUACAUGGUGAACUCUAUUAUUCUACUUUGGUUUCCCGCUUCGCCCCACACAGCCCCAUUUUUUAUUUUAACAUUCCUCAACGGCGCUUGAUUGUUUCGAAACAAAGUGCAAUGCUACACACACACAUGAGUCGAACCUUUUCCCAUUUGCCACCAAUAAGUUGUAUUUUUUUCCCCUGUUUUUGCUCCUCCUGUUUAUUAUUUCGCUGCGAUUAGUCAUGGAAAUUAAGUAGUGGCUUUUCUACCCUUCUUCCUUCUUUAUAUUCGAGUGGGUUUGUUUUCUUCAACUGGUUUUUAAGAAUAUCCAUUGUAUAUAAUAGUUUGAAGAUCGUGGGGGAUUAAAUAAAUCAUAUACAUUAA